UUCUGUAAGAAUGGCCCGGAAGUGUAAAAGCUGUUGGCGGAGGUCAGUUGCGGCUGCAUCUCGGAGUUGUUGUAAUAACGGGACGUAACACGGCUGUUUUUUUUCCUCCUGGUCGUUGUGUGUAAUGGCUCUUCACCUGAAAGAUAAAGAAGCGUACCAAAGACUGAACUAUAUUUAUCAGGCCGCACAUUGCGUCUUAUCUCAAAAUCCGGAAAAUGUGGAGCUGGCUCGUUUUUACUGCUUUACACAGAGGACCAUUGCAAGACGAUUAGUUCUUAGACAAGACCCAUCAGUGAAGAGAACAUUAUGCAAGAAGUGCUGCUCAUUGCUGAUCCCUGGUGUAACUGCUACAGUAAGACAACAAAGAAAAAACAGCAGGACUCGCUUCACUGUGGUUAGGUGCCUCAGCUGUGGACAGAGCAAGACACUGCUGAAUAAUCCAGAUUAUUGUUUAUGGGCAGACCGACCUGAGGCUCAGCUGAAUCAACAAAAGCAGCCAGAUCUGGACACUUCUGCUGAAAAUCAGCCAAAAGACAAAGAACUUUGUGGAUCACAGUCUUGUAAAUCUGAUUCUGCCCAAAGUACUGCCAACACAUAGCAACACUUCCCCUCUCAUACCUGUUUAACAUGGACUGAUAUUUAUUUUUGUUUGAGAUAUGUGUAGCUUAAUUUUGCUACAUAUAUCUAUAGUCAGAAGUAUUUAGAUAUUUCAAUUCCAAAAUACCUUCUGUAUUUCACUCAUUUUGUUGAUUUAGUACAUUUUGACCUCUGUAAGAUAAUUUUCUUGGUUUAUAUGCCCUCUAUAAAGCAUCCCAAUUUGGGCUGCCUCAGGAAGUGCAUCCUGCGUAAAACACGUGCCAAAUGUAUACAUGCGAACGGUUGAUUCGCUGUGGCGACCCCUAACGGGAACAGCUUGAACCUACUAACAGAGUAGUAGAUAGAUCUGUCGUUUGUAAAGCAGUCAGUGUCAUUCUAUAUACUGCCAUUAGAUGGCACCAUGUAGCAGCCUUUACAUGGUGGGUUCAAGGAGGAAGAGUUAGUAAAAGUGGUUUUGUUACAUGGUGGAAAGUGAUUGUCGGUUUUAUUGAAAACAACCAACAAGAAUGGAAUCACUGCAUAACAAUUUAUUAUUUAUCCCAGGCUUGUUAAAUUGAAGUAAACACCUCUUGACCACUGA